AUGGCAUUCCGCCACUAUGCUUUCGCCACCCGCAUCCUCGUCAAGAAGAACGUUCUGCUCUCCCUGCGAGACAUAUCUCCGCUCAUCGUCACCGUGUCCAGCGCGUUCUUUUCCAUGCUAAUCCUCUACUUUUCUCAAAUCUCAAUCGACAACGGCGACAGCUUCGAACCCGAGAAGCUCGAUACCCCCGACCCUAAUUCGCAUCCGCUCGUGGGCGUUCCGAGAUGCGUCCCGCAUUCCUUUGACGAUUGCUGGACCCUUGCCUAUGUACCGGACAACGAUGACGUCAAACGUUGGGUUUUCCAAGUCGCCUCCCGCUCUAAUAUUCCAGAAGCAGAGAUUAUCAAAUUCUCAGACGACGACGCUCUUAACCAACACUUUCGUAAAAAUCCGAACCGCACCCAGGCCGCCUACAUCUUUGAUCAAGAUUCCCUUAAUGCGUAUCACACCGACAAUAAUGUCCAAUUCAUCGUCCAGUACAAUGACACCAACCAGGACGAAUUUCCGCUGGGAAGCACCGAUUUCCACACUCGCACCGUACUUCCCGCCAUGAUACACACCAUGAAUCUCGUUCUCAUGACCGAGCUACUAGGAAAGGACGUCAAUAUCAACAUUAACACAUCGGUUUUCCCGCAUCCCCCCAUUAUUACCAGCGUUGAUACAGGCGCCCUUGAUUCCUUCGGUCUCUACGGCGCUCUUCUCACCUUUGGAGUUUACUUUCUCGCUCUCGUCUUCUUCUUGUACAAGAUCGUGGAGGAGCGCGAAAGAGGCCUACGGGAUGCCAUGAAACUGGCUGGCCAGUUUCAGAGCCAACACUACAUCUCCUGGGGCAUCCCGUACAUAGUGCUCACCCUUGUUCUCACCUUGCUCUUGAUCGCUUUCGGCCACAUAUUCAGUUUCAAGUUCUUCGAAGUACACGAUUUCUCUGUCUACUUUCUCACAAUGUACCUGUUUGCCCUUAGUAUUCUUGGAUGGAUGAUGCUGGUUGCCACACUCACCCGAAGAUCAGAGUCUGUAUCGACUGUGGCCUUCAAUCUAUUCAUUUUCGGCUACGUCAUCUCAAACACUGGCCUCAUUGUUUACGCGACGGAUGACAACGGGAAGCCAUUGGUUGGUGACAAUGUUCUAUUUCUCAGGCAGCUAUUUGCGAUUGCCCCAUCCACGAUGUACAUCAAGGCCCUUGAAGAUGCAAACGUCCUUGCCAACAUCGGGAAGAAAUUAACUUUUGCGUCUGCCGGCACAUACACGACCAUCUUUCCUAUCAAGGACUGUUGGUUAUGGAUGCUUGCCUCCGGCCUGAUCACCUUUAUUCUCUCCAUCUAUCUGGACAACGUUCUACCUUCCAAGCAUGGGGCACCCCUCGGCUAUACCUACUUCCUCCAGCCAAGCUAUUGGGGUUUAGGCAAAAACCGCGAAGCCGUGUUCAACGAUUCACACGGAAAAGACCAUGCAUCAACAAGCGACAGUGAUGAAGCCCUAGGGGCACACGGAAAAGCACACCAUCAAACCUACAACCCAGAUGCUGAGGAUGAGGACGUCCGCGCCGAACGAGAGGCGGUACUGAGUGGUAGCCGCGAUACUGCACCCUUGGUUAUCAAGAAUAUCUCAAAGAAUUUCGGCUCGUUGGCUGCGGUCGACGAUGUAUCGUUCAGUGUGAAGAAGAAUACCGCGUUUGCUCUGUUAGGACAUAAUGGGGCGGGUAAGUCAACCUUGUUCAACAUGCUUGUCACUUCUUUAGCACCGUCACACGGAGAUGCGUCGAUUUUUGGGCUGUCAGUACGGAAGGACCAAGCGCAAGUACGCAAGUUGCUGGGAGUGUGCCCCCAGUUUGAUAUCUUCUGGGAUAACCUUACUGGAGCUGAGCAUAUCGAGAUUUUUGCGGCUUUGAAAGGCCUCGACAAAAAGAGGAGAGCUGCGGAAAUCGCAGAGCGACUGGCUGAUGUCCACUUGACAAAACAGGCCAACAUCAGGGCGGGCUCAUACUCUGGAGGAAUGCAGAGACGACUUAGCGUUGCAAUCAGCUUGACAGGGGAUCCAAAAAUUGUGCUUCUUGAUGAAUGCACGUCGGGUGCUGAUCCUUUAGUCCGAAGGGAUCUAUGGGGUACCAUUGAGCGAGCGAAACGGGGGCGGGUCGUUUUCAUGAUUACUCAUUCAAUCGCGGAGGCUCAACACAUCGCUGGUCACAACGCGAUCGGAAUCAUGGCAAAAGGUAAACUUCGUGUCCUCGGAAAGGCGAUGCAUUUGAAGAGCAAAUUUGGUGCCGGGUAUACACUGCUAGCCAAACUCAAACAUGAGAACACUGCUGCGAGCCUAGCAGCUGCUUUGAGUGUAGUUUGUCCGGGCGCAGCACUCUCAUCGCUUAAACCUGGUGAGAACGAGGAGUUCUUGGCAUCUUAUUCUUUGCCAAGGCACGGGCUCGAGGCUGAAAUUAUUCAAGCUGUGAGAGUUUUGGAGGAACGAGGAGAGGAGUUUGGUGUUUCAGACUACUCUCUAAAUUCUGCUGAUUUGGCUGAUGUCUUUAAAUCAAUUACCUCUUUAAGCGAAGACACACACGAAGAAGAUAUUGUCGAGAAGAAAAAGUGUCGUCUUUGCUGUUGGCGAAAAUAGACUUCCAGUAUAAAGGGCGGGAUAUACCGUAGUAGUACCGUAUUAUUUUACAUU